AAAUUUAAGUUGCUGCCACUGGCUUUCUGGGAACACUGCUGCAUUCUCUGCUUGGAAAAGGAAACCCUUUAAAGAUGUCUGACACAGAGGAAUUUGUGGAAGAGUACGAGGAACAAGAAGAAGAGGAAGAUGAGGAGAUGGUGGCUGAAGAAACACUACAAGAAGAUAAUGAAGAAGAAGUACAAUACAUGGAGGAGGAUGAAGAAGUGAAUCAAGAGAAUGAAGAAGAUGAGGAGCUUGAAGAAGGACACAAGGAAGUGCAUGAAGAUGAAGAAGAGGCCAAACCCAAGCCAAAGCUCUUCAUGCCUAAUCUCGUACCUCCUAAAAUCCCAGAUGGAGAACGUGUCGACUUUGAUGACAUCCACCGAAAACGGAUGGAGAAGGAUCUAAAUGAACUGCAGACACUGAUCGAGGCUCAUUUUGAGAGACGCAAAAAGGAGGAAGAGGAGCUCAUCGGCCUGAAGGACAGAAUUGAGAAUCGGCGGGCAGAAAGAGCCGAACAGAUCCGAAUCCGGACAGAGAGAGAGAAGGAGAGGCAAACACGAGUCGCAGAAGAGAAAGCACGCAAGGAGGAAGAGGAAGCGAAGAAAAAGGCAGAAGAAGAUGCAAAAAAAAAGUUAACCCUCACCAGCUUGCACUUUGGCGGAUACAUGCAAAGGACAGAGAAGAGAUGUGGCAAGAAGCAGACAGAACGGGAGAAAAAGAAGAAAAUCUUGAGUGAGCGACACAAGUCCUUAGAUGUGGACGUGCUAAGUGAAGAACAGUUGAGGGAAAAAGCCAAGGAACUCUGGCAGUGGAUGCAUCAACUGGAAGCAGAGAAAUUUGAUCUCCAAUACAAAUUUAAAAAGCAGAGAUACGAGAUUAAUGUCCUGAUAAAUCGUGUCAGUGAACACCAGAAGCUAAAAAGCACAAAAGCAGGCCGAGGUGGGAAAGGCAAAGUGGCUGGCCGUUGGAAGUAAGCCUCCUUAGAUUGAAGAGUGGAGCCCUGAGGAGGAGAUAUGUGUUCCUUUCCUCUGUGUGUGUGCACAUUUGUGUUAUAGUAGUCUACAUGAGGGCCAGAUUGCAAAUAAAGCAACUUCCAAAAUU